GAAUAAGGCCGUUAAUUUUUGUAACUAGAAAUGUAAAUGUGCCAACCACGGAUUGCGAUUAACUCAUUGUAUUUUCGCGCGCGCAGCCAUGUUGACAGAACAGCUGUUAUGCGUGCAACAGAAAGUGGAAUAGUAGAUAAUUUAGCGUUUGUUCAUACCGUCGUAUCAAUUAAAAAUAAUGUUUGUUAAAACAAACAAUCCUUUAGUUGUAUAAUAUAUUUUUCAAUUUUACUUAACAACUCUGGCAAUGUUGUAAAAUAUUAUAAACGCAAUGGAUUGUGGAAAACAACAACCAGACGACAUUUUCGUUUGUGAUGAAGAAUUUGAAGCGAAAUGGAGCAGAUUUUCCGACUGGUUGCAUUGUAUUUGUGUUGUUACAUUCGAUUUGGAGUUGGGGCAGGCUAUGGAAAGAGUAUAUCCGCCUGGUGUGCAAUUAUCUGAUCAAGAGAAAUGUAACAUUUGUUAUUUAGCAUUCCCGGAUUCAAACUCAGGAUGCAUGGGCGAUACUCAAUUUCACGUACGACUGCGUUCACGUGCUCCACUAACACCGCAACAGUUAAUUUAUAACGAGGACAGCGUUUCUACGCUCCGAGCAGACCCAACGCAUUACUGGGGCUUCGUCUAUUUUCGUCAAGUCAAGGAUACGACCUUGCCUCGGGGCUACUUCCAAAAGAGCAUUAUUUUGCUUACGCGUUUGCCCUUUAUUAACCUGUAUUACAAAGUGAUACAGCUUAUAGCUCCUCGACAUUUUGAAGAUGGUGAAAGCAGCUUGGAAGCUGCAUGCCAUGACAUAAAUAGAUGGCCAGAGUUGAAUUCCGGUCAAAACGUUCUAUUGCCAGUCUUGGGUUCUGUUUUUCAGUCGUAUAUUCCUAAUCAGCAAACUGGAAAGGUUACAAGGUCAGAUAUUGUGAAACAAGUACAUUCCUCUAAUGUUCCACACAUAAUAGUAUGUAUUCAAGAUGUUAAUGUUUUUGAUGCUCUAUCAAGUUUAAUAUCUCAUCUGCAUUUACUAUGGGAGUUAGUAUUGACUGCAGAACCUAUAGUUGUUAUGGCCAGCUCACCAACAGAAUGUUCAGCUUUAGUCCAAGCCUUGACCUACUUGAUACAGCCACUUCCAUAUUCGGCAGAAUACCGACCUUACUUUACAAUACAUGAUAGUGAAUUUAAGGAAUUUACUCGAAAACAGUUCAACCCACCCUAUGUCAUAUUAGGUGUGACAAAUCCAUUUUUCACUAAGACAUUGCAGCACUGGCCGCAUACAAUUAAAUUAGGUGAUUCAACCCCUGUUAAAACUAAGUUGAGGAAAGUAGGAAGUAUUAAACAUUUAGAUUCUGCACCAGGGGUAUACACUCAGUACAAACCUUAUUUAGAGAAAGAUAAGGCUAUUAUCAAAAAGUUGCAUAAUGGUAUAAGGACAGACCGACCUUCUGAAGUUCAGACAGCAAUGGUUAAAAGGCAUUUACUAGAACUAACACAAAGCUUUAUGAUCCCACUUGAACGUUAUAUGGCAUCCCUCAUGCCAUUGCAGAAAAACAUAUCUCCUUUUAGGUCACCUCCAGUGCCAAAUCCAUUUAAUCCAGAAGAUUUCUUCACAUCUCUGCAGCAAGCAGGUCCUCAAUUGACAUCUGGUAUUAAAGGUGACUGGAUAGGAUUAUAUAAAAAUUUUUUUAGGACACCAAACUUUAGCACAUGGUUUCAUGAGCGUCAUAGUGAUUUAACAAAUAAAUUACAAGCUUUGCAAUUAGAAGCCUUAGCAGAGAGUGACUUAAAAGAAUGGUCAGUUGGAAAGAAAGAAGUUGAAAUUGUUGACAUGAUACUUAAACUGCGUGAUGUGUUAAAAAAUAAUCCACCUGUGGCAGACAAUACACGAACAUUACUGGCUCGGAGGUUAGAUGAUUUAAAUUGUGUCCUUCAAGAUGAUAUGAAGGCUAUUUUAAAUGCGGCAACGUGACACACAUUUUGCUGCACCUCGGAACUACGAGAGUGCAGCAUUCAUCUACGGCUCUCGUUUAUUGCUUCUUGUGUAUAGUCCAGCUAAAGUUAAGGACAGUGUAAUUAUUCAUAUUAAUAAUUAGAUCCCAACGUAAAAAUAUAUUUUAAUUAGAUACUCAAAUAGAUUUAUGUUAUUUAGAAUUAUCUAAUACAAAUUUAGUUCAUAUGAGAAUCACUUUAAUUAUAUUGAUGAUAGUAAUACUAUAUACUAAAUGAUGCCAAUUUAUUUGUAUAACAAUAAAUUUAAAAAUGUGUUAAUUUAAUUAGGCCAAAUUUAAUAACAAUUUAGUUAGUGUGCUUAGUAAACAAAUAUGAUAUUCUUAUGAGGUCUAAAAUUCUCAAUUUCACUAUACGAUGUUAUAGAGAAAUAUAUUUUAUACAGCACUGUGCA